GGCAGCUCUGUUGUCCAAGUCAUUGGCUAAAUUUCACUGGCAUCCUUCAAGUCAAAAAUUGUCGAGGUUGUUCCACUCCAAUCAGGGGGCAAUGAAGAUGUGGACCAGAAUGAAGCUGGAGCUUGUUGAGGUCUGCAUACGUGGGCUCCUGGUUCUGCUCAUCUGUGUGCUGGACGCGGGAAGCCGAGGACAGAUGGUCUGCGACACGGAGGCCUCCACUCAUUGGCUCCUGGUGCCUCAGACCUUGGAGGUGAGGUGGACGCUCUCCAGGAAGACGUGCUCCAGCCCUGAAGAAUGCUGGGGGAUUCGAGGACAUGGGCAUGAAGAGGAGCUCUCCAGCACGCUGUGGACGUUCCCACAGAUGUGCCCCGUACAGUUACAGGUCGGGGAUAAGCUUCUCGUUUUGGCUGAUGACACUCUGGAAUCAUACGGGAUUCAUCUCAUGAACGUCUCCAAGGAGAGUUUCAGAAGCUGUUCCACCACUGGAUAUCCUGCGGACCAGCUGCUGUUUCCCGGACACGUCAAGGGGACUGUGGAGGUGGAUCCAAAAUGGCUGCUCCCUGGGACACAGCAUUUGGUGGCGGUGCGCGAGGGCGACCCGGAGCUGUGUAAGGUGGGCCUGAGGCUUGUCGUCAGGGUCAGGGGUCACCGCUGUCGCCGAACCACGUCAGAGCGGCUCUGCGCGGGGAAUGGAGCCUGUAGGGCUGCCGUGCAGGACAACAUGUUCAACUGCGCAUGCAGGCGAGGCUUUUCCGGAAGAUUCUGCGAGCGCUUCGGCGGCCGGCCCAGCGGACGCCACGGGGCCAGGAGUCUGUGCAUGCGCCGAGGGCCGGCAUACGAGUGUGUAUGUCCUUCACGGCCUGCAGGAAUGAACUGCUCUAAAGUGACCCAUCUCUGUAAUGAAAGGUGUGUCAAUGGCAGAUGUGAAAGUGUCGCACCAAACUCCAUCCGGUGCAUGUGUGACCUUGGAUUUACAGGGCUUUUCUGUGAAAGAAAGGUGUCCUCUUGUGACUCAUCCCUAUGUAAAAACAGCGGUAUGUGCGUGGAGACGGCCACGGGACACGUGUGUGUGUGUGCUGAAGGCUUCCCGGGACCCGACUGCGACAGCGAGCUCGUGAUGCACGACAGCCCCCACACGCGGGCAUGUAACACCUCCAACAAUAGCUUUGCAUGUGCCAAGGAGCCCAACCCGUGCAGCUCGAACCCGUGUCUCAACAACGGCAGCUGCACGCCAUCGGGGGAGCAGUACCGCUGCAGAUGCCGUCAAGGAUUCACCGGCCGGGACUGCGAGGAAGUGACAGACUACUGUGGCAUGCUGGGAAUCGACUGCCUGAAUGAGGGGCUGUGCCUGAGCAUUAUUGGCGGGUAUCAUUGCCUCUGUGCCCCGGGCUGGACAGGCGAGUUCUGUCAGCACAUGGAGAGCACCUGCCACAUGUACCCUGACCGGUGCCAGAACGGGGCCUUCUGUGUGGAUAGCAGCCAACAGGGGGCACCACGGAGCUACACUUGUCUCUGCAUCCAUGGCUACACAGGCAUGGCCUGCAAGGCGGACGUUGACGAGUGUGUAUCAUCCCCCUGCCAGAACGGUGCCGCUUGCGUUGGCCAGCCGGGUAAUUACACCUGCCAGUGUGUGGCUCCAUUUACAGGUAAUGAACACUGGGGGAGGGGCGGGGGGAGUUCAUUAACUUCACAAAGCAUUCCUUUCACCUGUCUGAACUCAUCUCGGCGGCCCAGAAACAUUAGUGCGUCUUCAUUUCCCGACAUUGCCCUGCAGAAGCCCACCGCUAAUCGGCAUCGCCGUUCCGAACUCUUCCAAGCUGCUACGCGUCUCGCGGCAUACGUAGAUGGAUUUCACUGCGUCCGCGAGCCUGGCUUUGCUGCGCUGCAGUGUGAAUGCACCACGGGUGACUGCGGCGGCCACACGCAUGAGAACAGCUCGAUUCGCCGGGACCUCCGCUCAGAGCAGAUGAGGGGCCGGCAGUAUAAAGCCGUCCCGCUGUGA